UUUCUCUGCCUCCCCAUACGGCCGCCAAGAAGAGAAGAAAAAGCCAACCAAAAUCCAUCUUCCGGUUACGACCCUUGCGAUUCCAAUCCCCUUUCGCUGUUCGAUUGCUGCCUUCGCCCUCCAUCGCCAUCGUCAUCAUCCUUCCAUCUGUCCUUCCAUCGUCUCCCAUCGCCAGUCUGUGGGCGGUGGGCGGAAUUAGGGUUUCCUCCAGCUCGUCCAUCGGGGUCUUCCGCCCCUGGAUCUAGUGUUUGGAGGCUUUUUUUGCGCGGUUUGAUUCGUUCGGUGAUUCGGGAAUCGGCAGCGAUUGGGAAUUGAUGGUUCGCGCCGGAGGAGGGAUCGGAGGCAUCCAAAUUGGGAAAGAUGCAAGGCUAUGCAUGGGAGGGAAGGUGAGUGGAAACGGGGGCGGCAUAUGCGGCCGGUUCCUCCGCCCGGUGAUAUAGCAGCGUCAGCAUCUGCUACCCUAUCUCUUCGGCCGCCGCCGGUAUCAUCAGAGACCCCCUCGGAUUCGUUCUUAAAGGAUGGACGCCAAAUUCGAGUUGGUGAUUGUGCACUUUUUCAGGCUGGAAAUGCUCCACCUUUCAUUGGAAUAAUUCGCCAGUUUUCAAAAGGCAAAGAGGAUCAUCUUAAGUUGUGUGUUAACUGGCUUUACCGACCUGCUGACAUUAAGCUUGCAAAAGGCAUAUUGCAUGAUGCUGCACCAAACGAAGUCUUUUACUCCUUCCACAAGGACGUGAUUCCUACUGCUUCAUUGCUCCAUCCGUGUAAAGUUGCAUUUUUGCAGAAGGGUGUUGAGCUUCCAUUAGGGAUACCAUCUUUUGUCUGUAGGAGAGUAUAUGAUAUUGCUAAUAAGCGCUUGUGGUGGUUGACUGAUAAGGAUUAUAUCAAUGAACAUCAGGAAGAAGUGGAUCAGCUUUUAAACAAAACUUGGCUAGAAAUGCAUGCAGCAGUGCAAUCAGGUGGGCGGUCACCAAAAUCUCUGAAUGCUCCUGCAAGCACACAACAGUUAAAAUCUGGUUCAGAUAGCAUCCAAAAUAGUGGCACCUCCUUCUCUUCGCAGACCAAAGGAAAGAAAAGGUUGAGAAGUGAUCAGGCUGUGGAGCAUCUCAAGGGAGAUCAAGACACAGAGACUGUCAAGCGAGACCAGGUAACAGAACCCAUCAAGCGAGAGCAUUCUGCUAAAUCUGAUGAUGGUGAUUCCGUUAACUCUAUAUCUGACAACAUGAAGACAGAAAUUGCCAAAAUAACAGAUAAGGGUGGGCUUGUAAGCAUGGAAGGGGUUGAAAAAUUGGUGGAUCUCAUGCAUCUUGAUAGAAGUGAGAGAAAAAUAGAUUUGGCUUGUCGGAUAAUGCUUGCAGAUGUCAUUGCAGCCACUGAUAAAAAUGAUUGCCUUGGAAGGUUUGUGCAGCUCAAGGGAGUGCCUGUGUUAGAUGAUUGGCUCCAGGAGGUACACAAAGGAAAGACCAGUGAUGGUAGUAGUCCCAGGGAAAGUGACAAAAUAGUUGAUGAUUUCCUCUUGUCCUUGCUUCAUGCACUUGAGAAGUUGCCUGUAAACCUCAAUGCUUUGCAGACUUGUAAUAUUGGUAAGUCGGUGAAUAAUCUUCGCAAUCAUAAAAACCUGGAGAUCCAGAAGAAAGCUAGGAAUCUUGUUGACACUUGGAAGAAACGGGUUGGUGCAGAAUUGUCAAAAAUUGAUGAUGCAAAAUCUGUUGGAUCUAGCCAGCCUGUUUCCUGGCCAGUCAAGCCAGGUUGUUCUGAUGCUAGUCAUGCAGGAAAUAAGCGCACUGGAUCAACUGAGGUUGUUGCUAAAAUGCCCGUUGCUCGGUCAUCGGCAUGUAAAGCUUUGUCUAGCAAGCCUGGAGUAUCAGAUUCUACUGUGAAGUCAGUUUUUCCUGCUUCUGUAGCAGUCAGUUCGAAGGAUCCACAUGGCAAAACAGCUUCUAGUAAUGGGGGUUCAGAGUCGAUCGCUGUAGCAGUUAAAGAGGAGAAGAGCAGUGGUUCCAAUCAGUCUCAGAACAACCACCAAUCUUGUUCUAGUGAUCAAGCAAAAAUAAUGGCUUCUUCCUGGAAGGAAGAAGCAAGGAGUUCGACAGCUGGAUUGGUGAAUACUAGCAAGCUAACUGGUGGUUCAUCUCACAACCGAAGGUCAAGCAAUGGGAUUCUAGGAACAAAUUUAUCAGGAAUUCAGAAGGAAACUCAUCCUGGUAGGUCUGGUUCUGUCAACAAAGUUAUGGCAUCAGAAAAAGCAUCACAAUCUGGACCAACAUGUGAAAAGCCACUGGAUACAGUUGUUGGUGAUCAUGGAAAUAGCAGCAGGCUGAUUGUCAGGCUUCCUAACCCUGGUCGAAGUCCUGGACAUAGUACCACUGGAUGCUCUUCUGAGGACCCAUUGGUCAUGGGCAGCAGAUCGUCGUCUCCUGGUAUUUCAGAUAAACAGGACCAUAAUGAUCAGAGAGUGAAACGACGGAGUGAUGUUGCUUGUUCUCAUAUUUCCUCAGAAGCUAAAUCAGAGUCAUGGCAGGGCAAUGAUGUCAAGGAAGGGCUUGUUGGAUCUGAAGGUGUGAGAUCACCAACAGCUAUUCUUGAUGAAGAACACAGCAGAAAUAUUGUGGAAACUGGGAAUGUUGCAGAUGCUACUAGGACUGCCUGUUCAUCACCUGGGAAUGAAAAUGGGGUUUGCUUGACUGAACCAAGGACAAGUUCUUUUAGUUCUAUUCAUGCCUUGGUAGAAAGCUGUGCCAAGUACUCUGAAGCUAGCACUCCUUUAGUUGUUGGAGAUGAUACUGGGAUGAAUCUACUUGCGACUGUGGCAACUGGGGUGAUUUCCAAGUCUGACUUAAUUUCACCCACUAAUUCACUUGGAACGUCACCUGAAAUGGGGGAUCCAUGUACUGGUAAUGAUAAUUCCAGAAUGAGGUUAUUAAGUGAUGAUGAUAUUGUCCAGAGGAAUGUCCGAUGUGAUGAAGCUACUGAUGCUGGCUAUGAGAAACAAGAAAAGAGUGUUGGUUCUGUUUUAGCUAUGGAUCUGUUGCAUCAAGAAGGGACCAACAUCACAGGUAACAUAAGAAAUGAUAUUCAAAAGCAGGAAAGUAAAUCAACCAUUGACCCAACGACACAAUCUACUAUCUCCUGCAUUGGUCAUAAAAGUCUAGAUUCUCCUAUGAAAGUAGAGGUAAAUCUUGGGGAAGAAACAGUUGAUGUAUGUUUUGCUGUGCAUAAAAAUGGACAAGUUGUGGAGCAUGAUAGUGAUGGAGCCUCUCCACUUGAAGGCAAGCAACUUACUGGUAGCCAGGUUUCAGACAUCUGUACAGAUGAUAAGCCUAAUUUGAUGAGUCCAUCGAUCAAUGAUAACAAUUCUUUUGAAUGCUAUCAUAAGAAAAUUGGAGAUGGCAGUAUGUGCACUUCUGAUACUAAAAUAGGUGAUAGAUGUGAUCUGGAUGUCGCUACUUCUGAUAGAAAAUCAGAGAUGCCGCUUGUUGGGGAGCCUAUGUCGACUCCUGUGGCAAAAGGAGCAUUAGGUGUUGCUAGCUCAACUGACCAGCAGCAACCUCCAUCGUUUGAUGCUGUAGAUGAAAGUGUGGAUGCCAUUGUCUCACUGCCUGUUGGAAGUGCUCUCUCUCCUAACGCUGCUGAUGAGUCUAAGACUAGGAAUUCUGAUAUCUCAGGAAUCAAUCAGUUGGAGUUGGGGCAUGAAGCAAAGGACCAAAGCAGGGUUUCCCAUUUUAGCAUUGAUGAACCAAUAGGAUCAGCUGCUGCUUCUCUUGUCAUUGCAGAGAGUGUUGGAGAUACAAAAGAAGUUCAUGAGAGUCAUCCGAUUGGAUCAACAAUUCAAGAAGGCCCACAUACUCCUACAGCAAAACAAAUUGAGAAUUUUGCAAAAUCCUCCAGGACAUCUGGGUUUGAUGCAGAUGGAAUGGAGGUGGUUGCAUCAUCUGCAGAGCCCUGCUUGUUGCCUGUUCCUGCUGAGCAGGAUGUUUCCAAUAAGCUCGAAUUUGAUUUGAAUGAAGGCAUUCCUGAGGAAGAUGGGAACCAAGGCCAGCCAGAUGUGUCAGCUGCAAUAGUAUGUUCAUCUGCAAUUCCUUCAUCUAGCCUAUCUCCCUUUGCAAAUCCCAUGUCAAAUUGUUUGCCUGCCUCAAUUACUGUAGCGGCACCAGCAAAAGGGCCCUUUUUUCCACCUGAAAAUUUGUUGAAGACUAAGGGUGAGCCUGGAUGGAAAGGAUCAGCAGCCACUAGUGCAUUUCGGCCAGCAGAACCACGAAAGGUGCUGGAGAUGCCAGCCAAUGUUUCAGAUAACCCACCAUCUCAUGGUACGGGAAAGCAAGGCCGUCUUUUGCUAGAUAUUGAUUUGAAUAUAGCCGAUGAGAGAAUUCUUGACGAAACAGCCUCUCAGAACUCUGUUCAGGCUACAGUCUCAACUGUGGGAUUUGUUAGUACUCAUGACACACCUACAAGAACUGCUGGGGGAGUUGAUCUUGAUUUAAACAGAGUUGAUGACGAUAUGGAAAAUAGACAGUUCUUGUCAAGCACCAGCCAUAGAUUGGAGGUGUCUAUUUUGCCCAUCCGUCCUGCAUCUGAAGGAUUACCUGGUGGAGAAUCAAAUGUUCUUCGGAACUUUGAUCUGAACGACAGACCAGGCCUUGGUGAAGUUGGUGUGGAACCCAUACCAAGGGGCCAACAAGCAAAUAACACAAGCUAUGUUCCAUUUUUUGCUCCUGUUGCAGGUCAUAGAACAAGUAAUUCUGAGUUUGGAUGUGUAUCAUCAUAUUUCCAUCCUAACUCUUAUCCAGCUGUUGCUAUACCAUCUUUCUUGCCUGAUAGAGGUGAGCAAUCUAAUCCAGUAGUUGCAACUCUAGGAUUCCAGAGGACUAUGGGGUCAGUAACUGGCGUUGGCAACCUUGGUACUGAUAUUUAUAGGGGCCCUGUACUUUCAUCAUCUCCAGCUGUGGCGUUUUCUCCUGCUACAGCAUAUUCUUGUUCCAACUUGCCCUUUCCUAACAGUUUUCCACUUGCCUCAACCUCUUUCUCUGGCGGUUCGACCCCUUUUGUUGAUUCUUCAUCAGUAGGCGGUUCCUGCUACCCUGCUUUUCCUUCACCAUUUGUUGGUCCUGUUGGUGCUGUUUCAUCUCAUUUUCCAAGGCCUUACCUCAUAAGCUUUCCAGAAGGUAGUGCUAGUAGUGUGUCUGACAACAAUCUGAAGUGGAGUAGACAAGGCUUUGAUCUGAAUACUGGUCCAGGAAGUGGAGAUAUGGAAGCAAAAGAUGAGAGAUUACCUUCGGCAUCAAGACAACUUUUAGUUCCAUCUUCCCAGGUUUUCAUGGAGGAACAGGCAAGAACAUAUACUCUGCCAGGCGUAGGUUCAAAGAGGAAGGAGCCUGAAGGGAGUUGGGAUGCAGACAGAUCUGCUAAGCAACUCUCUUGGAAGUAAGGAGACCGUUGGAGAACCCAUCUUAUCUGUAGAUUCAGUCUGGUGAGCCACUAGUUUAUUGUCUUUGUUAUGGCUGUGAAAAUUGGAGUGUUCAUUAUACAUAAUUAUGCUUUAUCAUGCAGGCACAAGCUUAUGUGGAAUUUCUUUUCUGUAUUGCUUUUUCACUAAAGUUAUACACACACAAAAGCUCACAUACAUCCUAGUGUUUGCCUUGAGGAUGACGUGGGAAACUUUCUAAGGGCAACCAAACCUUGCUGUAACUCAUGUAAAUGUUGAGAUAUGAUUCACUUCUGAAACACUUUUCAUGCUUUCA